CAUACAAUUCCUCCGCCUUAUCUCUUCAAUAAUCAAAGAAAAAAAAAAUGAAGAAACCAAAUACGCUUUGUUUUCUCUUUGUCUCUUUCGUUUGUCUAUCCUCGUACUCGAACCAUCAAGCUUUAGCGUAUAUCGAUGAAGGCCUGAAACAAUGCCUGAUUCGCAACUCCCAAAACCAAACCGCCAGCAUUUUCAACGACAUAUACACCCCCGACAACUCCUCCUUCGUGUCCGUUCUCCAGUACCCGAUCAAGAACACCCGCUUCAAUUCCUCGGACACUCCGAAGCCCUUCUCCGUAAUAACACCCAAGGAAGAAGCCGAGGUGCAAGCGGUGAUCCUUUGCGCCGCGGAGUUAAACCUGCGAGUCCGAAUUCGCAGCGGCGGCCAUGACUACGAAGGACUCUCGUACACUAAUCCCAAGAAAGGUGAUCAUAGCCCGUUCUUGGUUCUUGAUCUGAUCAAUUUCAACAACGUGGCCGUGGAUUCCGUGGAAAAGACGGCGUGGGUCGGAUCCGGGGCCACGGUUGGGGAGCUGUACUAUAGGAUAUCGGAGAAGAGUAAAAGUCUUGGGUUUCCGGCGGGGGUGUGCCAUUCCAUUGGGGUCGGAGGGCACUUUAGCGGCGGCGGUUACGGGAUGAUGCUCAGAAAACACGGCCUCUCGGCGGAUCACGUGGUGGACGCGCGUUUGGUUGAUGCGAAGGGGAAUAUUUUGGACCGGAAAUCUAUGGGGGAGGAUUUGUUUUGGGCGAUCCGAGGAGGGGGAGGGAAUACAUUCGGGGUGGUUCUUUCAUGGAAAGUACAAUUAAUUGAUGUUCCCGAAACCGUAACGACUUUCAACAUCGUCAGAACUCUGGAACAAAACGCCACCAACAUCGUACACAAAUGGCAGUCCAUCGCCCCAAACCUCCCCCAAGAACUCUUCAUCCGAAUAAUCGCAAUCGGUCAAAAACCCCAAAACACCGUACAAGCCAUAUUCAACUCCCUGUACCUCGGACCCGCCGAUACCCUUCUUAAAAUUCUGCAACAAAGUUUCCCAGAAUUAGGAGCCACAAGACAAGACCUGAGAGAGAUGAGUUGGAUAGAAUCCGUCCUUAACAUCGACGGCUUCCCCAACGGCACACACCCUAAAGCUCUCUUGGGCACUAUCGUCAACAACGGGAAACCAUAUUACUUCAAAGGAAAAUCCGACUACGUAAAAACCCCAAUCCCCGUGGAAGGCCUGGAAGGGGUUUGGGACUUUCUGAAAGAGAACAACUCGGGCUUGAUCAUCAUGAGCCCCUACGGUGGAAUAAUGGAGGAGAUAUCAGAAUCGGCGAUUCCAUUCCCGCACAGGGCUGGGAAUCUGUACAAAAUCCAGUACGUUAUGAGUUGGAGCGAAGCAGGGAAAAAGGCCUAUGAAAGCCACAUGAGCUGGAUAAGAAGGCUGUUUCAUUACUACACUCCCUUCGUCUCCAAGUCUCCAAGAGAAGCGUAUGUGAAUUACAGGGAUCUUGAUAUUGGGAGAAAUAGUAUGGGUAAUUUAACCUACGGUGCUCAGUCUAAGAAUUGGGGGGUCAAGUAUUUCAAGAGCAAUUUUGAAAGGCUUGUUAGAGUUAAGACACAAGUUGACCCUCAAAACUUCUUUAGGAAUGAGCAAAGCAUUCCACCCCGUUCACAUAUAGUGAACUAGUAUGAUACCCGUACGCACUAAAUAUUAAUCAGAUUAUUGUUAUUUUAGUGUCUGCAUUACUUCUACAAA